UCUGCCCGGGCUUCCAGCGCGUCCAGUCCAGUCCUGGUCUCCUCCUGCCCCCACAAUCCUCUCAAAGGGCUCUCAAGCUUUUCCACCAUCAACACUUUCUAGUCCUUUAAAUCCUAGAGGCAAACUUUGGGAGAAUAAGGAAGGCUGGGAGGAGCCUAUGGUUUAACCCUCUCAGUCCGGGACAAGAAAUCAAGACCAACUAAGCUGACUAGGCGUUGACUCCGCGCUCUCCUGGUAGGCUACCAUGGCCCCGGAGAGGGGCUGAAGCUUAGUUCCCGGUGCAGAUCCCGCCCGGAGAAAGAAGAAAAAGGGCGCCCGCGAGGUAGCCUCCGAGGCCAGGAGGGACCACACUUUGAGCCGGAGCCCAAUUCAGUCAGGACCACGAGAUGAGAAAGCAAGCUCAGCAGGGUCACAUUGCUUAUCCAAAGCCACAGAGCAACAGCCCCAGCCAGAUCCAAAGAUGCCGGUGUUGAAGCAGCUGGGCCCCGCGCAGCCCAAGAAGCGACUGGAGCGCGGAGCGCUGUCUAUCUCGGCGCCCCUUGGAGACUUCAGGCACACACUGCACGUGGGACGCGGUGGCGACGCCUUCGGGGACACCUCCUUCCUAAGUCGCCACGGGGGCGGCCCGCCCCCCGAGCCCCGCGCGCCGCCAGUCGGGGCCCCACAUUCUGUCCCUCCACCUGCAAUGCCACAGCCCCCUACACCUGCUCUCCUCGUUCCUUCACCUGCGGACCCGCUGCUGUCCUUCCAUCUGGACCUCGGCCCCUCUAUGCUGGACGCAGUGCUAGGCGUCAUGGACGCGGAGCGCGCCCAGACAACCAAGCCCGUCGGGGACGCCCACCCUGGAAUGCAGCAUCCAAAGGCCUGCUGUCGCUCCAAUGCUGACCUCCCGCUGGACGAUGUCAUAGGCCUGUAGUGUCCUUAUUCCUGCAUCCCCCCACUCCCAACAUCCCACUUUUGUACACAUAAA